UGCCGCCACAAAUACAAAUACACUAAAAUUAUCAUCAACAUCAAUUGUAUAUUAAACAUUUUGCUCGGUCAGCGGAACUUGGCCCAUUUUUUCGGAUCGUCAGAAUUGGAAACUAUAUCAGUCCGCUUUGUACAUUUCGUCGUGGCGCCCGUGAGGAAAUACAACGGAAAGAGCAACGAGUGCUCGCAAUGAUUUUGAGGUACUUUCGUAGCCUGAUGGUGGCACAACAACAGUCGGCCCAGUUAGUUUGUCAGUUAAAGCGAUAUGCGCUAUAUUAAACCGGAGCCGUACUAUGAGGGGCUUCCACCGUUCAAUGUUUCUGGCAGUCCGUUCAAUGUGGUGCCAAUACACAACUUUCCGGAGCUAAUGAAGGAUACGUGCGCGCUCAUUAACUCCGAAUGGCCGCGCUCCGAAACUGCACGCAUGCGCUCCCUGGAAGCUUCUUGUGAUACGCUGCCUUGCAGCCUGGUGCUAACCACGGAGGGCAUGUGUCGUGUAAUAGCUCACCUAAAGCUUAGCCCGAUAACAUCGAAAAAGAAGGCCUGCUUUGUGGAGUCGGUUGUCGUGGACAAAACCUAUCGUGGUCAGGGCUUUGGAAAGCUGAUCAUGAAGUUUGCCGAGGACUACUGCCGUGUGGUUCUCGAUUUAAACACCAUUUAUCUAUCGACCAUAGAUCAGGAUGGUUUCUAUGAACGCAUCGGGUAUGAAUACUGUGAACCCAUUUCCAUGUAUGGACCGCGCCACUGCGAGCUGCCUAGUUUACAAAAUAUGAAUAAGAAAUACAUGAGGAAGGUCUUAUAGACAUCAGCACCAGUAGUAGUAGUAGUGUUGGCUUAACCAAGCUGCGAACGCUUCAAGCUUGACCGGAGCGUGCCAGUUAAACUAGUCAAAUUAGGUAAACGCUCUUGGGGCUGAAUAUAUAAUCUAAUACUGCCCAGCGGCAGAGCCGUACUAUGCAUAAAUAUAUACCCUAUGAGCGUUUGCUUCUGAUUCCAUUACGAUUACACAAACAAACAUUCAUAUUACGCUCGUGUUGAUUUUUAAAUAUUACUUUCCGCAUGUAUUUUUUGUUAUCUUUUCGGAAAAUGCUUGGAUACACAAGCACGUUAUUUGCCGUGUUUUAUAAUAUAUUGCACAUAAUAUAUUCACGUUAAUUUAGUUAUGUAUUAUUAUUAAUUUAUAAUUCAUACUCUUAUGAUUUGUUGUGGUGUUUGCUCGAAUGCUUACAAGACAAUAUGAUAGCUCAAUUAUCUUCCAAAUAAACUGUAGCAUAGAUAUACAUAUCGAGAUUGGAAACAUAGCAUUAAGCAAGAAAUGAAAGGCAAUAAAU